GGGGCAUUGUGUUGUAUUUUAUAGCUACUGUUAAUGGAAAAGCAAUUGAAGAUACAGUAACAGAGGCUGAAAAACGCCUUGUUGAAUAAAACGAAAUGUAACGUUUUCAUUGUCGACUAGUCAGAGGGUGAUGGGCCUUGGUAUGAGCAGGCAGUUGCAAAUAUACGAGUAGUAGGUGCUGAAGUUGGUCUUUUCAUAAAACGAAUGAUGGAUACUGUAAAUUUAUAUCCAGAUCUCGUGCAUAUCAUUGGCCAUAGUCUUGGCGCACAUGCAUCGGGAUAUGCUGGAAAAUGGCUUCGCGACAGGCAGAAGACAAUAAUUGAUCGAAUUACGGGUUUGGAUCCAGCAGGACCCUUUUUUAAUGGAGUAGAAAGGAUUGUGAGAUUAGAUAAAGGUGACGCCAGUUUCGUUGACGUCAUACAUACAAACUGGGCAGGACAUCGCUUAUCAGGUUAUGGACUAGAAGAAGCUAUUGAACAUGUAGAUUUUUAUCCGAAUGGAGGCGAAGAUCAGCCUGGUUGUGAAACAGCAUUAGAGGCUACGCUUGGGGUUGUAGGGGAAGCCCUCAGCUACAUAAACGGUUGGGCUUUGGUUUAUAAAUAUGCUACGACAGGAAGUGUAGUUCUCCAAGUGGAGAAGAACGCCCAAGAUAUGUCUUGCAGUCACGGUAGAGCAUACGAAUAUUUCAUCACCAGCUUAGAAGAACCCGAACGCAAAUUCCAGUCCUUGGUUUGUAACAGUUGGGAUGCGUAUGUAGAUGGUGACUGCGGCACGUGUGAAACCUAUACUUGCAUCAACAUGGGAUAUUACGCUGAUAGGCAUGGGUACGGACUUGGAAUGAAAGGAUCUGUAAAAUUAUAUUUGAGAACCAAAGAGUCAGCUCCAUAUUGUAUGGAAAAAUAAUAGAAAGAUUAAUAAUUAAGUUCAAAAAAAUAAACCCUUUGAGAUUUAAGUCAAAUAAAUCCUGUAUGUAGUGACUAAUAAAUUUUGAAAUGAAGAGUAA